AUGACAUACAAGGGUAAAGGUCGAUUUACCAAAAGGAAAAAGUUGAGUCCAAGGUACGUUGGCCCGUACAAGGUGAUUGAACGAGUAGGUGCGGUGGCUGACAAACUGGACUUACCACCGAAGUUGGAUGCCUUUCAUAAGGUUUUCCAUGUAUCACAAUUGCGGAAUUGCCUAAGUGAGGAGGACGAAGUGGUCGAGGAUGUGCCACGUGAAUUGCGAGAAAACCUGACGGUGGAAGCAACGCCUAUUCGAAUCAUCGAUCAAAUGGAAAAGGGAAUGCGCAGGAUAAAGAUUAACAUGGUGAAGAUCUUUUGGAACGGCGGUGGACAUGAAGAAGCUACUUGGGAGACUGAGAACAAGAUGAAGUCGGAUUAUCCUAAGUUGUUUAAGGAGAUGAGUGAAGACCAACUUGAUCCGGAUUCGGGGACGAAUCCCUUUCAAGGGGGGGAGACUUGUAACGCCCGCGAUCCUGAAUAG